AUGGCAGCCGUAGAGGGUGGCACCGGCCGGCCUUCCUUUGCCGAUCUGGUGGGUGCCGUCCCUCAACCUAUACCUGAGAUGCUUCUUGCACCCAAGCUUCCAAAGAUGUUGGAAGGUGAGGUAUAUUUUCAAUUUACUAAAGAAGAAAUAGAAAGAUCAGCGGAACCUUUCCGCUACUCUGUAGUCCUCAAGUUCUUGAAGAACCGUCCGUCGUUGGAUGCUGUGAGGGCUUUCAUUCACAGUCGAUGGGGCCUUACGGCUAGUCCAGUAGUUUCUGCCAUGAGGAGACAGCGUAACGUCUUCGUUCGCAUGGCUAAUGAAGUUGAUUUCACCAAAGCAUUAUCACGGGAGGUUUGUGAAAUAAAUGGGAUCUUCUACCGUGCAUUCAGAUGGUCACCAGAAUUCAAUGAGGAUGCCGAACCAUCAAGGGUCCCGGUAUGGGUUUCUUUGCCGGGUCUUCCUCCAAACUUUUAUCAAGAAUCUUUCUUGAAGAUUUUGAUGCCACCGAUUGGAACUUUCAUUCGUCGUGAUAAUCCGACACGGUGCGCAACAAGAACGGAUGGUGCACGGCUCUGUGUUGAAGUGGAUGCUGCAAAACCGCCACUGUCUCAUUUCUGGAUUAGAGCGUCUGGACCGUCUUCUAGCCGAAAGCAAGAAAUAUUUUAUGAAACGCUCCCGGCUUUCUGUUCGUCAUGUAAGAUGCAGGGUCAUAAUGCACGGACUUGUAAUCCUGGAAAAGCUGGUAAGAAAGGGGGAAGAAAAGGGAGUAGGAAAGGCCACUCGGAUGAUCAAGGGGUAGAGCAGAAUGAUGAUAAGGUUGAAACUCCUCUGCUGGUUCUUGUGGAAAAUAUUGCUGUGGGUGAACAUUCUAUGCGGAUGGACAAAGAAACAGAGGAGGCUGGGGUGGAGAAGGCGACGGAAGUAGCAGUUGCAGCUCAUGUGUAG